CCGCAUUCGUCUCAGCGUUGACAGAAAUCAGACAGUAAUCACGUGUUUAUCUAACGAAGUCUGGUUAAGUUAGGUCUGUCUAUCUACGAAUAGUUGGGUCCUUAUCUGUGCACGUGAACCGCGCCGCAAGUUUAUUAGCUCUAUUCCGCUGAAAAAUACCGUAGAUGCAGUUAUUACGGAAUAAUAAUUUGUAUGUGAGUUCGAUCGCCAAACGUAUUACGCUUCAGUCCUAACCUAACAUUUCACAAUAUUUUCCCGGGAUGACGCUUAGAGCAAUAAAAUGGGAAGACGGAAAGCUGGAGAUUUUGGAUCAAAUUUUACUCCCCGUAAUCUCAAAGUACGUCGCUGUCAAGGGUGUCGAAGACGGCUGGAAGGUUAUCAACAAAAUGCAGGUGCGGGGAGCACCUGCAAUUGCUAUCGUUGGAUGCCUUAGUUUGGCUGUGGAGAUUCAGCCUGAGGUUUUCACAGAUAAAAAGAGUCUCCGUCAAGAAAUUGAGGGAAAACUGAAUUACUUGGUAUCUGCAAGACCGACUGCAGUGAACAUGAAAAUAGCUGCCGAAGAUCUGAUCACACUUUCCAAUCAACUUAGCAAGGAUGAUUCUGUGUCUGCUGCAGACAUGAAGGAGAGGUUCCUAAAAGCAAUAGACGCGAUGUUGGAAAAGGACAUUGCUGACAACAAAGCAAUUGGACGUCACGGAGCGCAAGCAAUUCUGAACAACGGGGCAGGAGAUAGUUUGGUGAGGGUUCUCACCCAUUGUAAUACUGGCAGCCUUGCCACUGCGGGAUACGGCACAGCCUUAGGUGUUAUUAGAACAUUGCAUGCAGAUAAAAAACUCGAACAAGUUUAUUGCACCGAAACGAGGCCGUAUAAUCAAGGUGCACGACUGACUGCUUACGAGUUAGUUCACGAGAAAAUGCCUGCUACUUUGAUAUGCGACGACAUGGUGGCGGCAUUGAUGAAGUCCAGAACUAUAUCUGCAGUUAUUGUCGGUGCCGAUAGAGUUGCGGCGAACGGCGAUACAGCGAAUAAAAUAGGAACUUAUCAAAUCGCAGUUGUCGCAAAUUACCACAGUGUGCCAUUUUAUGUCGCCGCUCCUUUCACCUCCAUCGACUUUACCAUUCCCAACGGCGAUCGUAUCAUCAUUGAAGAAAGACCGGAAAGAGAGAUGACGCACAUAAACGAUCAGCGAGUUGCUGCUGCGGGUAUACAAUGCUGGAAUCCGGCGUUUGACGUAACACCAGCUGCGUUGAUCACAGGCAUAGUUACAGAGAAAGGUGUAUACUCGCCCGAAGAAUUGAAGGGGCUUAACGUAUCGGAGAAACUACAGGACUAAUAGGCUUCGAAUGAUUCAUCCUAUUUGCUGAUGCAACAUGCGCUUAUACAAUUGAUUAUCAUUGAAUAACAACUUCCGUCAUUAUCAGAAUUCCGCUGUGCUUAUAUGCUUAAUGCAUCCAAUGUGUUCAUCGCACAGAUUACAUAAUCUAUGAAUAUGGUGCAGGGGUUUGAUAUCCGAAUAAAAUAUCACGUUGUCAAUUGAAAGUAUUGGCGAGUUUUGCGAUACACAGCUUUUGAAACAUUCAGCUUACACAAACCAAAAGCCUACAGCUAUAAAUUUUGAAGUUCAAUAAUUGAUAGCCACUAGAGUAUUUCGCAAUAAAAAAAUUUUGGAUUUCGCUCGCACUCGCACCCUGAAAAGCUUGUCUUCGACAAAAUCUGGAAUCGCUGCCGAAAACGUAUUUGGUGAUAAAAGUCAUGAAACUUACAUUUCUGUGCCAUUUCAACAAGAGCAUUUUUCUAGUUACAAAAUGUUAUUGUACAAAAUGAUAAUGUACCGAAUGAUGGCAAAUUGAAAAUCGUUCAAGUGCGAGUGAGAUCAAAAUUUUUUUAAUUCUGAAACACUAACUGGCGCUAACAGUAUCUAAUACGUCUCGCAAAUGCCAAACUAUACAAAAACGCACGAAUGUAAUAUUACUGAGAUUUCAGGCGAGCCGAUAAAACGCUGACGCUUGAAAAAUGUUUGCACAAAUAACAUUUUGGUGAGAUACUCUCACGUACGAAUAUAUUUCUUGUUUGCCUGAUCAUGCUAGGCACGUUUCUUCUAUUUAAAAUAACGUUUUGAUACUUUAUUUACAUCAUGCAGCUAAGUGGGAGAUGGUAGUUGGAUUAUUGUCCAGAUAUCUCCUUGCCAAAAGAGAACAGUAAUCAUAUCAGAUCAUUUGCUGUUGUUAAAUACGUAAUGAAAUUUUUCAGAUAUAUCACUGCUUACGUGAAUCGCGUAUCUCUUUAAUUAGACAGACUCCUAUCGAUGAAAAUAUUUUAUUUUACUUGACAUAUUCUACUGGAUCAAAAUUUGGAAAGCGAAUUUUGUUGACGGUAAUCAAUUAUACCGUUGUUUUUGCUAAUCCAUUUUCUACAUUUAAUGGUAAGGAAAAUAUGGUAGGAAGCUCUUCAGCGUGAAAUGGAAUUCUUGGCCUUCAUGACGUUAAAUGAAGGGAAAUGUUGGCACGAGUAAAUAUCGUUGAACAUCUCGUCAAAAAAUUAGGGCCCUCAUCAGACUUGCUUCACCCGUUCGUAGCUUAUUUCAGGAUAAGGAAAAUUUUCGACCAUGUCUAUUGACUACGACUUUGUCAUUGCGACUUUGUUCCCCGUGCUGAUGCUAGUUUUCAAAUAUGCUAGAAAUAAACAGAGGAAGGUAUGGAAUCUCGUAAUGAAUCGGUUACUGCGCGCAUUUAUCUAUUUGGAUAUGAUCAAGUGUUGGGGGUCUUAUUCGGUAUGCUCAAAUUAGUAUAAUAUUCACAUCAAAAGUGACAAAUGUGUUCCAGUGAUUUAAACUCAAGUUUGCGAAUUGCUUUAUUUCUUGCACUUACUGUGCAGCCCAAUUUUUUCAUAUCGAUUUUAGUUGAAAGAGAAAAAAAAAUGAAGUCGUGGAGUCACUAGAUAUUUUCUACUAAUGUGCCUUUUAGAAAGAAUUGUUCCCCCUACAAUAUUGUCCCUGCUUGCUCAUUUUUGAAACCAUAAUUGUAAAUCUUGAUCCGGAAUGAGACUGGUUUUACUGUAUACAAAAUGUAAUAUUGUGUACAUUUUCAGCGCUGUGACACAAAACAUGGAACAGGAUCGUUCCGACUGUGUGUAAUUGUACUUUACAUACGUACUGUACUUGCAUAAUACACCUACGAUAUUUAAGUAAUUUAUUAGAUGUAUAAUCUAACGCGCUUCUACACUUUGUUCAUUGUCAUAUUUUUGUAAUUGUAUUAUAAUAGAUUGAUCGUAAUUGCGCUACGA